GUGGUCAGUACGCCAUCAAAUCCUCUAUCGGACAAAGCCAGUGUAUGCAGAGAGAAAGUAUUGUAAUUUAAAUUAGAAAUUGAAUGAAUUAUUCAAACAGUAUUUACGUCAUCUAAUUACAUACUGUGGAAUUUAUUUUUCAUGCUUGAUCACGGUAUGCUCAGCAGAUAUAGCUUUUGUUUUCUUGGAUAAGUGGCGCCACCUGCCGCCAAGCUAAAGGAUUUCCCCGAAUGUGCAUUCAUUUUCACAACAAAUCCCGUUUAUGCAUUUCCUUCUAAUGCUAAUGAUUGGGAUUGAGCUAUUCGCUGUUCCCUUGUAAGAUAUGUUUUCUUACUUUUGUGCCACCUGAAAGAUAUUUUAAUGAUGUAGUCGUUGUCCACACAGUAUGUUUUGCAUUUCGUUCCAUUAUACGAAUGUAACAGCCAUAAAAUACUUUUGAAACGCACAUGCUUGUACCGAUUCAAUACGUUAUAUACGAUUUCCCUUAUCGACCAAUCAAAAUCAUCAUAUUGUUGAUCAUUUCCCAAUCAGCACGCUUGUUAGAAGGCUGUAAGCUUAUUGACUUCCGGGUAGGCGUGUUCACUAGACGGUAGGAAGAGGUCAAAGGAGCUGUUAUGCGUGGGACGUGCGUAAUACUAUUUGGCUCCAGGAUAUUAGAACAUUUUGGAUAAUCUAACGCUUUGAGGCACUUAUAUUUACAUACAAACGCAGGUAUUCGCAAAUUUAAUUCCAAACAAUCUCAGCUCAUUAAUGUGCGCAGGUGACGUGCUAACGCUAGCCGAUGCUAAAAGUCGCGUGUUCACCAAGCGAGAACGGACAUUUGCGAACUCAAAUACUCCAUAUAAUUUUUAAUAUAAACAUUUGCCUCGUGCUUGGAGCUAGGUCUUUCCACUAGCAUUUCUUGCUACCCGAAUUUUGGGAGAGUUAUCCCGUCUGUUGGGAGCAAUUGCCACGGUCGUAGCAAGCCGUCAUGUUUCACUCCGUGCCCCGUCGUGUCACUACCGAGGUCGGCGUUAGGACACUCAGGCUCCCAGGGGUUAGGUCAUUUCGACGGGCUGUGCAGAAUGACGACGGCCAAGGCUCAGCGGCGUGGCUGGGCAGGGCCGCUGGCCUGUUCCUAGCAACCCUGCGCCGGGUGGGGGUCCUCGCCACGGAGUCUGCAACGAGAUCUGGACACAGAAGCAAGGAUUUGCUGUCAAUCUUCGCAGACCAUUGCGGCUUUGUCACCGGCCAGAGGUUGCGGCGUGCUUGUCGGAUUGCCGAGCUCUACUCCAACUUGUACUCUGAAAGGACCCGAUGGACCCUGGUGAGCAGCUUAUGGCGCAGGUUCCAGAGCAAGCAUCCCUCCCCGGGCAAGCUGAUCGCGGCACUUGCUGGGGUCUUCAUGUGGGACAAUGAGAAGAUUCAAGAUGAGGAAAUGUACAGGUGUGGGCUGGAGCUUGAGGCCCUCGAUGCUGUGAAGAGUCUAAAUGCACAUGCAGGCACAGUGAGUGGUCGCACGGAGCAGGGCUGGGAAGUUGUGAUGGAGAAGAAGGACUUCCGUGUGUGGAAGCGACCGAUCCCUGACAGUCACCUCUACGAGUACAGAGUGUUGGGCUCAUACACUGAUGUCACACCAAGGCAGUUCUUCAAUGUGCAGUUGGAUACUGAGUAUAGGAAGAAGUGGGAUGCCCUGGUGAUCAAACUGGAAGUGGUGGACCGGGACAUCAACACCGGCUCAGAAAUUGUACACUGGGCUACGCACUUUCCUUAUCCCAUGUAUUCUAGGGACUACGUGUAUGUACGACGCUAUGAGGUGGACGUGGAAAACAACCUGAUGAUCCUAGUUUCCAGAGCUGUGCAGCAUCCUCGAGUCCCAGAGUCUCAAAAUUUUGUGAGAGUUCACUCCUAUCAAUCUAAGAUGGUCAUCCGUCCCCACAAGUCCUUCGAUGAGAAUGGAUUUGACUACCUGCUAACCUACAGUGACGACCCUCAGACUGCCUUCCCUCGUUACUGUGUGAGCUGGAUGGUGUCGAGUGGCAUGCCGGACUUCCUCGAGAAGCUUCACACUGCUGCGUUGAAGGCCAAGAAUUUGGAGGUUGGGAUUUAUGACUACACCAGCGUCAUCAAGUCCAAGGACAACGCGGGCCGCCAGCAGAACCAGGAACGUCUUGCCGCUGAGAACAAACACGGCGGCGGUUCCAGUCAGAUGUUCGCCUGAAGUGACUUUUAACAGAUGAAACCCUCCAAAGCCUACUUUGUGGAUACGAAAUGUGUGAAGGUGUUUGUGUUUUUGUAGCUGAAGCUUGGAAAGAGAAGAAUGGACCUCUGCCAAUGUGUGGUCCCACUGACUGUUGUUGGGCCUUUCAUGACAUUUGGGUGGAUGUGCUUUUGCAGUACAGUAUUUUCAUCAGAAUAGAGAUAGAUGAAGGCCUUGAUGGGAGAACACUCCUUUUUUUCUUUGUCUUCAUAUGAGUCACAGUGAUGCUGUUUCUGCUUUUAUGUCAACAAAUAAGAGGGCUUUACAAACAGGUGAAACCAGUCCUUCCGUAGCAGGGGCACAGUGUCUUAUAACAACCGUGGAAAUCCUCACGUCCGAUGUACACAUGUAGUCCUUGUCUGGAGAAAAACAGCACUUUGGAAUCUGUUCCGGUAUCAUUUCAUAAGCCGGAAGACAUAAGACAGAAAUUAACAAAAAAGUUAACUCAUUUCAAUUGUUUAUUUCUUUGUAGCGCGCUAACAUCCCACACUGAUUUUUUUUUUUCUCAAAGCUUUCUCCCAAACUGGAUUGAAAUGAGAUGUAGAAGCUUUGGUGUUCUCUGUAAUUCUGCGGUGUUCGUCCUGUAAUGUACAAAUAAUACACUGCUUUGAAAUAAUAAAACAAAGUUUACAGCCUGGUAA